AGACAGACAGACAGACAGAUGGACGGAUGGGCAAACACUCAGAUGGAUGAGGAGUAUUCAAACAGUUUAACAACAGAUUAAUACAUUGAAGCUGUGUUAAAUACAUGUAGAAUUAAAUAAAAAAAAAAUUAGUUAAUAAGUGAAGUUGAUAAUAAAAUAGCAAUAUAAUUUACAGCUAUAAUUAAAUGCACAGUAAUCUGGAAUGUUCCUAGUCAAGGCACUUCACUCUCCGAGUUUAUACAUGUACUGUACCAUCCAUACCAAUUUAUUGUAGGUAUGCCAGUGCCUUUCAAGAUGUAGAUUUUCUGUCAUUUGGGAUUUAACUUGGUCAUCAUGUCAACAACUAUUCGUAGGCCUAGAAUUAAUACUUUUCAAACAAGAGUUUUGUUUCAAAUCAUGGUUGUUAAAAUAAGUAAGAAAUCAAUCAUGAAGGGGAUGUUUCUCUUUUGUUUUUCCACACCGUAGUUAAACUUGCCAUCUGGGAAGAUGUCUUAGAUGAGUAUAUACUGUCCAUACGAUGGGUCCCAGAGGAUUUGAAAAGAGGAAUAAAAGUAAAGAUGUCAAGAAAGGAGGUGUUAGAGAAAACAGGAGAACUUAUUUCUCUCAGAUACAAGAUCAAUUUGUCUUCCGACCUUCUGAAGACCCCAGAUUUUUACUGGGAUCGUGAAAACCUGGAAAGCUUGUAUGAUAAAACAUGUAUUUACCUGGAUGUUCACAAAAGGACAAGGGUGAUGAAUGAGAAAUUAAAUCAUUGCUCUGAGAUGGUGGAGUUAUUAAGGACACACCUCAGUGAAAAGCAUUCCUUCAGACUGGAAUGGGGUAUUAUUGCACUUAUAACUGUUGAGGUUGUGUUUGAAACUCUGUAUUUAAUAGAGAGGUACUUCCCCUUCAGGUGACCCAUGUUUGGUGUAUGAGAAAAAAAGAAUCAUUUGAGAACUUAUCAAAAGACAUUUAGCGAAUCAGUUCCUUACAGAACAUGUAGUACAUGUAUUAUGUGUAUGGCUUCAUCAUUGAGCCUACUUACGAGCAGUGUCCUGCAGUUGGCAAACUCAGGGGAUGACACUACGAAAAAAGGACUGCCUAUUCUUAGAGACCCAAGGACAGCCAACUGGGGUGUGACAAAACUAAAACAAAUAUUCAGCUUGAUGAAAUAAAUGCAAAUUUUGUUGA